UGAAACACAAAAAUUUUUCUUUCAUCAUACCCAUACGGGUGGGGUGUCUAUGGAUAGGUCUUCAAAAAUGAUAUUGAGGUUUCUAAUAUCAUUUUUUUAUAAACUGAAUAGUUUGCGCGAGAGACACUUACAAAGUGGUAAAAUGUGUGUCGUCCCCCCCUGUAACUUUUAAAAUAAGUGAAUGAUAAAUCUAAAAAAAAAUGAUGUACAUUACCAUGCAAACUUCCACCGAAAAUUGGUUUGAGCGAGGCCUGGUAAGUAUUUUUUUUUAAUACGUCAUAAAUCGUAAACCGCAAUUUUAUUAUGUUACUCGCUGGUACGGAACCCUUCAUGGGCGAGUCUGACUCGCACUUUGCCGCUUUUUAUUCUUAAACUGAAUAAAGGCAAGUACAUAAUUUAAUAAUGUUAUGUUACAGUAGUUUCUGCUGGAGGAGUCUCAGGACAAAAACGCAAACUAGAAGGUGAAGAUGAUGAUUCCCCAAGUUCAAAGCGAAAUAAGGGUUAUGAUCCAAAGAACGUGCCAUCGACUUCAACAUACGAGAUUUCUGAUAAAAGUACACCAGGCAUAUAAUUACUUGCGGCAAUGACGGAGAUGUUCGAAUAUGGGUUGACAUAAAAGACGACGAUCGUAACUCCCAUUGCGUUGGAGAGAGCGCGACAGCGGUGUGUUUUAAAGACAAGAGGCUGUAUGUGGCUACUGAUAAUCAUGCUGUACAAGCUUACACAUUCCCGGCUUUCGACAAAGACGGUAUUGUCACUAGAUUUACUGCAUCGGUAACACAAAUUAUGACAAGCACUAAAAGUGAGGUCGCAUGGAUUUUGAGCCAUCUGAGGGCAGGUACCUGGCUUACCCCAACAACAGGGAAGUGACCUUAUUGGAGUAUGAGACUUGGGGACAAAGGAUGACAUUCACACACAGCUCAAUAAAAUGUGCAAUAUCCCAAUGUCGCUUUUCACCAUGUGGUCAAUAUUUGGCGGCAAGCACCAUAGCCGGGCAGAUAGCGGUGUGGGAAGUACAGUCCGGUACUUGCACGGGCAUCAUCGAGCAUCCCACAUCACAUAAUGUUACAGCGAUAGCAUGGAACCCUAAAGGAAAUGGUGUGUUGGCGUAUUGCGAUGUGUCCGGGCAGCUGGGUGCACUGAUGAAUUGCUAUGGCAAGGACAGCAAGGCUGAUGCUGAUGCGCCUGACGAUGUUGAAAUGGUGGAGAGAGCUGAUGAUGGUAAUGACUUGGACAAUUUGAUCGAAAACUAUAACAGUGACGACGAUGACAACGCGAUAUCGCUAGAGAAGCUCAAGAAUGAAACGCUAGGGUUGGGGACAGUGAGAGACGAAGACGAGUCAAGACCCGUGUCGCGGCACGAGCCGGCGGCGACCACGGUGCCGCCGCAGGCGCCGUUCCAGCUUUCUGCGACCCCGGGACACCUUGAACAUAGAUACAUGUGCUGGAACGACAUCGGCAUAGUCCGAUGCCACACGCAGGAGAACGGCGAGUCGACCAUUGACGUAGAGUUCCACGACACCAACCUCCACCACGGGAUCAAUCUCAACAACUACCUGAAUCACACCAUGGCCAGCCUGUCUGCGAGCGUGCUGGUGUUGGCCUGUGAAACGUCUAGCAAACUAGUAUGCAUAUCGCUGGUCGGCAGCAGCAAGGAGUGGAGCGUUUCCAUGCCCGAUACCGAGGAGAUCCUGUGCGUCACGGCGGGCAGCGACGUCGUCGCGUGUGCGACUAACGCGAGGUUGCUGCGGCUGUUCACGCCAAUGGGCACGCAGAGACAGGUCUGGUAA